AUGAUCAGAGGUAUGGCCACAUCAAUCUGGGGAAUUUCUCUUCUUUGGAUCUAUGUCUGUGCUUGCAGUGGAGAAGGCAGCGCAUGUCCUCCAACGCCACCUCCAGUCAUCACCACGCAGGUCCUGAUCCAGACCGGCAUCAAUUCAUCGGCUGUCAGCCAAAUGCCUGCGAAGCCUGCGAAUGGAACUGCAGAAGCCGACCAGAGUGACCAGACUGCGAAGGAACUGCCUUGGUCAAGCUUGCAAAUCUGGCUGGUCAUGAAGGCAGUUAUGCUUCUCCUGCUUCUUCUAUGUGCGGUUGCAUGUCUGGGCAGUCUUCGCCAGCCAGAUAUUUUUAAUCUUAGAGUGAAGGACACCAUGACUUAUAAUGCUUUAGGACUUCUGAGCUGGAUCGCACUUCUGAGUGCUUCCCGAACAGUAUGGAUUAACAAAACGAUUUGGAUUAUGGCCUGCCGCUUUUGCAGCGUUGUCUUGGCGGUUGCUCUACUAGAGAUCUCCAUGUUUCCAGAUCCUGGCUCAAUGGAUCCUUUGGCUUUCUCAGAAAUCACCAGCGUCCUCACUGUUUUUGUUUCACUAUUGUUGGGCUUCUACUUGACCAGCUCGGUGAAACGCUGGAGCACUUGCAUCGAUGGCUUUCUUAACCUUUUCGAGGUCAUUCGAGCUCUGCAGAUGCAGCUUCAUGCUUUAGGAGUUGGACGUGGUGACAUUGCAAGAGUUGUUCGAUAUGGGUUGGUCUCCAGCUGGCUUUGUGCUCGCUUGCAACGAAUUGACAAUAUUGCCAGCAAGAAGAAGAAAGCGGUGUAUUCUCCAUUUCAAGGGCUCAGGGAUGCUCCUGACGUUUUCCUAAGCUUGACAGACGAGGAGUGCGAGAAGCUUGAAGGUAUCGAUGAUCCGUGUCCAAUCCUGUGGCUUUGGGUCGCCUUGUUUCUAGGGCGCUUGGCCUCAGAUGGCGACAUCCCCCCAAUGGCAUCGCCAACAUAUGGCCGAAUGGUCAUGUUGGCCAACGACGCACAGGUAGCACUCAAGGAAAUCCGCAUGACUACAGAAGUGAAGAUUCCUUACCUCUACACCCACACUCUAUCAGCCAUUGUCCAUCUUAACAACAUCCUUUGUGCCAUCAGCAUGGGCCUUACCUUGGGAUCUUGCAUUGGCGCAGCUCUCACAAGCAUCGAUUCUAGAUUGACGCUUUAUGGUAUUGAAUCAUACCCAACAUCGACAGCCUCGCAAACACUGCAGCUGCUAUUGGUGCAAUCCUUGAAGUGUUUUUUCGUGCCACUACUAUACCAAGCCUGCCUGGAAAUCUGCUUCUGCUUGUAUUCGGCCUUUGGAGGAGAGACAGAGGAAGCAAUGAUACCCAGUGAUCGAAUGGUCAAAGAGUGGAGCAAUGAGCUUGCUGGCCUCAUGGAUUUGGCGAUGCACCCCCCUCACUGGCAAGCGCCUGCUUUCAAGCAUUCCAUUUCGCAUGUUCCAGACAUUCAGAGGACCAAGGCACAAAUAUCGCAAAGUGCUAAAAAGCCGAUGAAGGUGUGA